AUGUGUACUAAAAGAUGUAAAUUUACAGGUAAUUUACCACCCAUCACCAGUGCUCCAAAGCUUGAGAUUCUUUUAUUGUGGGGAAAUAAACUUGGCGGAAACAUUCUCAAUUCUAUCUCCAAUGCUUCCAUGCUUAAGAAACUAGACUUGGCAGAUAACUUAUUCUCUGGCCCAAUCCCUAAAACAUUUGACAACUUAAGACACCUUGAAUGGUUCCAAAUUUCAAACAAUAAUUUGAUCAAAGGACCUGCUACUGAUCAUGAGUGGACCUUUCUUUCUUCUUUGGCAAAUUGCAAGCAUUUGAGAAUAAUAGAUGUUUCAAGAAAUCCAUUGAGUGACGUUCUUCCAACUUAUAUUGGGAACCUUUCAAAAUCCCUUCAAUACUUUUAUGCCUCUAAUUGUGGUUUGAUUAGUUUGGAAUUCUUGAAUUUAUGCAAUAACAAUCUCUCUGGAGCCAUUCCCAAAUCUUUGGAAAAGCUUUUAGAUCUCAAGUAUUUUAUUGUGCCUUUCAAUAGACUUGAAGAGGAAAUUCCCACCGAGGGAUGUUUUUCAAACUUCUCUAGCACAUCAUUCACGAAGAAUUUUGCACUUUGUGGUCCACCUAGAUUGCUACUCCCACCUUGCAAAAACGACAUCCAAGAAAACUCCCAAAUGAAUAUAUUGCAUGCUUUAAGGUAUGGUUUACCAACAAUUGGUAUCGUCGUAGUACUAAUAGUCUUAACUAUUAUGUACAGAAGAUGCCAAAGUAGGAGUACAACUCUACCAAUUAAGGAUGAUUUGUUGUCUUUGAAAACGCUGAGAAGAAUUUCACAUGCUGAACUUUCACAAGAAACUAAUGGAUUUGAGGAAAACAAUAUGCUUGGUUCAAGGAGUUUUGGAUAUGUAUAUAAAGAGAAGCUUUCAGAUGGAAUGGAAGUUGCAAUAAAAAUUUUCAAUUUGCAAACAGAAGAAGCAUUUAGGAGUUUUGACAUUGAAUGCGAUGCUAUGCGUAAUAUAGAUCAUUGUAAUAUUGUGAAGGUCACUACUUGCUGCUCAAGUGUUGACUUCAAAGCCUUGGUGCUUGAUUACAUGUCUAAUGGAAAUAUUGAGAAAUGGUUAUAUUAUUAA